ACUUCCGGGAAACUGCUUUGCAUAGCGAUAGGACAUCCCCUUUCAGCCCCCUCUCCUCAUCCCACUCCCCCAAAAUUAUAUAUGGAUGCCAAAGUCAUAUCCACCGGAACCCGGUACUCUUCCCUGCCGGAGAGCUACAUCCGGCCGGAGUCCGACCGUCCCCGGCUUUCGGAGGUCUCCACCUGCGACAAUGUCCCCGUCAUCGACCUCGGCUGCCCUGCCCGUGCCAGCAUCAUCCGGGAGAUAGGUCACGCUUGCGCUUCCUAUGGCUUCUUUCAGGUAAUUAAUCAUGGGGUGUCGAAGGAGAUGGUGGAGAGGAUGUUCGGGGUGGCGAGGGAGUUCUUCGGGCUGCCGGUGGAGGAGAAGAUGAAGCUGUACUCCGACGACCCGUCAAAGACGAUGAGAUUGUCGACGAGCUUUAAUGUGAACAAGGAGAAGGUUCACAACUGGAGGGACUACCUGAGACUCCAUUGCUAUCCCCUCGACAAGUAUGUCCCCGAGUGGCCUUCAAAUCCUCCUUCAUUCAAGGAAAUUGCGAGUAACUACUGCAAGGAAGUCCGAGAACUCGGGUACCGGUUGGAGGAACUGAUAUCGGAGAGCUUGAACCUCGAGAAAGACCACAUAAGGAAUGUUUUAGGGGAGCAGGGGCAGCACAUGGCAGUGAACUUUUACCCGGCUUGCCCCGAACCCGAGCUGACCUAUGGGCUUCCGGCCCACACGGACCCAAACACGCUCACGAUUCUGCUUCAAGACACGCAGGUGGCUGGCCUUCAGGUCCUCAAGGACGGCAAGUGGCUCGCCGUUAACCCAAUUCCCGAUGCCUAUGUCAUAAACAUCGGCGAUCAGCUGCAGGCUUUGAGUAACGGGAGGUACAAGAGCGUGUGGCACCGUGCGGUGGUGAAUGCUGACAGGGAUAGGAUGUCCAUCCCUACAUUUCUCUGCCCGGCUGAUGACGCGCUCAUCAGCCCGCCGAAAUCAUUGAUCGAGGAAGGUUCGAAAGCCGUGUACCGGGAUUUUACGUACGCAGAGUACUACAAGAAGUUUUGGAGCCAGAACUUGGAUCAAGAACACUGCCUAGAGCUCUUCAAGAACAAGUAAGGCAAAGGUUUGUUGACAAAAGAUCAACCCUCACUGGUGUCAUCAAACUGUCCAAUGUUAAAAGAUUGUUAUGGUUCAUUUGGGCAGCUCUUCUUUUCUUGAUUUUGGGGGGGGGGUGAAGGAAUAGCAAUGGCUUCAUUUGGAUUCGAUUCCGGCCCGUUUUCCUCUCUUUGUGCAACUCGGCCCCCUUCAAUUCUAGCUUACAAUAAACCCAUUGUUUCACAUGAAUAAUCAAAUUAGUCAUGGAACCGUCCGUACUUGCAUUGUGUAAAGGGUCGUGAUUCAAAUAAUAGCUUAAUGAAUUAAUGAUUGUAUUGUUUUGUGUA